CGGCCUCCCGCGGGGCGGCGGGCCCCGAGCGCAGAGCGGCGGCGGCGGGGCGCUGCCGGAGCCCGCUCCGCCGGGCCAUGGCCAGCACCGGCUCCGCGCCCGGGGGCGCCGGCCCGGGCUCGGGCACGGCGCUGCCCACCCGCUUCCAGGAGACAGAGAAGCUGCUGUCGGCGACAGAGGGCCGGGAGGAGAAGGGCCUCCGCGGCUCCAAAUCCUUCACGGCAGCCUUGCCCGGCGAGACGGAGCGCAACGGGCACGGGCUCGGCUACAAGUCGGUGUCGGUCGGGCACCUGGAGGCGCCGCCGCUGUCGCCGUCCCGGCUGAGCCUGGGCAGAGCCUCGUCCACGGCCACCAGCACGGCGGCCCCGGAGCAGGGCCGCCCGCGGGACUACCUGGUGCUCGCCAUCUUCUCCUGCUUCUGCCCCGUCUGGCCCAUCAACAUCGUGGGCCUCGUUUUCUCCAUCAUGUCGAGGAACAGUGGCCAGCAAGGGGACACAGAUGGUGCCCGGCGGCUCGGACGCAUGGCCAGGCUGCUCAGCAUCGUCUCCAUUGUGCUGGGGACCAUCAUCAUCGUGCUCUACAUUUCACUCAGCGUCAGAGGUUCCUAGAAGAUGUUUCAGCAUGCAAAUACCUUGAAGAGGAGGAAGACAACUUUCCUUUUGGGGUUUUUACUUUCAGCCUUGCAACAAAACAAAAAAUUGUCACAGUGUAGGUGGGCAGCCCUAGACAGUCUGCUCUGGAGCGCCGUCGGAAGGAACGCAUGCUUCAAUUCACCGCCUCUUGGGAAUGAGCCUGUGCGAGGGAUGGGAUAAAAAUCACCCUGAGUAGGAAUGGGAGAGGCCACGUGGAGAGGAGAAAGGGGAAAUCCACUACCUCAUUCCCCUCCAGCAGAACUCAUGGAGUGGGGAGACAACUAAAGUGCAAGAGGAGGAGAGAGUCUCCAGAAUGAAGCUGGUUUUGGAAGGAAAAUACAAGGCAAGAACGGGAUGUUUUGAGGAGUCCUCCUGAGAAUUUUGGCACAAGUCACUGGAUUUUUUGGGGGGUUGUUGGUUUUUAAAUCGUCAAAUUCUCUGUCUCUACAAAAACAAAACAAAACAAAAACAACGAAACAAAGCUCAAACUGCCAUCAGGAGCUGAGAGCUGUUGCACAGAGGAGGAGGGAGUGCAGAGCUGCAGCAGGACCAUGGCUCUGCUCCGAACGAAACGCAGCUGCCAAAGCUGGAGGAUGUGGUGGGUGCUUUUGUAUUUUUGAUGAAAAAAAAAAGAAAAAAAAAAAAAGAAAAAAAAAAAGAGACAAUGACCAUUUGCAUGCCUUUGGGAAUGUUCUCCAUGUCUGCUCCUACAAGCUCUUUUAUCACUUAGGGCAGAUGUCAGAGCUGGCAGAGCAGGAUGUUGCUGCAUGAGAACCCCAGGCUCCUCCUCACCCCCAUCCCAUGGUGGGCUUUUUAAUGGAAGGCAAAAUCAGGCGUUCCCUGUGAACCCACACAUUUCUCUGUGCACCCAAAGGGAGCUUAGCACCCCUGGCACCGAGACAAGAGCCUGGUUAAUGCCCAGCAGCAGCACCACGGCACAGAGAGCCUGUUCUACCCAUGCACACCCCGAUGCCACGGCACGUCUGUCCUGCAGAGGCUCAGCAUGAUCCAGCCCCCACCACUGCCAGUGCUCAUCCCCCCAACCCUCUGGGGCUUCGACUUAGGGCCUUGCAGGAGAUUUUUCAGGGGCAUGAAGGAGUUUUAGAUUCCUGCUCCUCUCCUUGCAUCCCUCACACAGCUCUUCUGCAGCUCUGGAAAUCUCCGGCGUCCCCGGAGCUGCCUGAGGUCAGUUCCACAAGUCCUAUUAUUUUUUAAUGUUUUGUAUUUAACAUAACAAGAAAACAGACUCUGCUCCUCCCACUAUGUCUGUAGGUACCACAGGACCUGCCAUGUCUUCCACACCAUCCCCAUGGGACCCACUCCCCACACGCUCUCUCGAGGCUCCAUCCAGCCCCAGCCCUUCUCCUCCCUGCUCACCCCUCAUUGCUGCGGGCACUUCUCGGGGUUGGCCCUCUACCCACUCACCCAGACUAUGCAAAGCUCCAUGGCCUGUUGUUUUAGUCAGGCUUUGUGACUUCUGGCCACAUCCAUUGGCUCCCUGAGUCUCUUUGAUCCAAACUUUGGGGACACACCACCUAGAGCUGCACUGCCCGGCCUUUCUGUUGUCUCCAGCUGACAACCUGCGACAUAAAAGCAUGGACUGACUGAGAAAUGUUGUCCUUCAGGGCACUUCUGCUCCCUAACAUCCAUCUCCUGAAAAACAUCCCCAAUUUACACCAAAUUCAAUGCUUCCCAGGGCUUGUCUACAUGGAGAAUCCACCAAAAGAAACUUCACAACAUGGUAAUUGCUUGGCACUAACUCCUUCCCUGGGCUCUAAAUGGGCACAUGGGUUAGCACAGGGUAGGGGUGAGGUGUAAGUCCUCGCUGUAGUUACUCUGUAGUAAUUAAUGAGCAAAGCCACAGGCAUCUCUGUGAAAAUUCUCCUGUCACCUUUUGAUUGCUCCUCUUUCAAGUGGUUUUUUUUCUUCUAGAUGUUGUUUGAAUCUAGGGGGUGACAAAGCCAAAUCCCCCAGGUACACUGUCAAUAUUUUUCUCUCCAUUGGAAGGGAUUCCAGGGACUCACAGCAAGAGCACAUCACUACAGCACUUUCUUGGGCUCCAUUCCCACCCAGCUCUUUGUCAGCAGUCCAUCACCACUGCUGGUGUCCAAAAUGGACCAAAUCUGCAACUUUUCUUUUGCAAUUUAUCUUUUGUGAGUUCAGCAAACAGGGACUGCUGAAUAUUGCUGGGUGGGAGCUCCCUCCUCCAUCCUCUGUCCAGGCACUGCAUCUUUUCCUCCUGAGCCCUUCAGAACCCCUCCCUUGGAUGUUCAAACUUUAAUCUUAUGGCUAUUGAAAUCCCAUCAAAACCCCAAAAUGUUUCCUUCUUUAACUCUUGGACCCAACAGCUGCUUGCUGGGGAACACAUGGGGUGUUUUUUGGAGCUACAAAAGGGCAGUGCUGUCUGUCCCUGCAUCUCCUGCCCUUUGCCCUUGGAGCUGCUGGAAUUCAGUUGAUGGGAAGAGCCCAGAAAACUCCUCCUUGGGCAGGAAGGGCCCUUUUUCAGGGAAAAGUGCUGGAGGGAGUUAUAGGACUUGAGAGCAUUUAAGUAAGAAUUUAAAUGCUCUUUUAUCAUUAUAUAAAGCCUUUCAUCUAAAGUGCUUCUCUGCAUCCAAAGGAUUAAACCCUGCCACCCCCCACGAGGUGGGUUCACAUUACUGCUCUAAUUGCAGGGAUGGCAAAUGCUCAGGCACUGAGCAGUUCCCAAAUCAACCCCCUUUUCUUCCUCCUCCUUACCAGAAUCAUGUAUCAGCACAGAUUUCCUUGGAAUCUGUUUUUUUUUUCAGUGGGAUUAGACAAACUAUACCCCACUGUGGUUCCAAAUGGGAUUCCUGCAGCCAGAGGAAGGUGAGGCAGCUGCAGUGGUCCUUGCCAGGAGAAGUCCCAGGCCAGGGCAGCACAAAGCAGUGGAUUCCCCUGGAUGCAGGAUUCCCCUGGAUGCAGGAGAAGGCAGAAGAUUCCCCCAAAAUCACCAGGGUGAUGAUUUGUUUGUGCCUCCUGUCUCAUUGGACAGCCCAGGUGAUGCUUCUCACCUCACUAUUAUUAUGUAUAAUAACAAAAGAGAAGAACUAAGACACUUGAAUCCCUUUCAUUCUAAAAUCUUCCUGAAUAGAUACAAUUGUACUGCAGCCUUGAACUCAGCUUUUUUUCCUUAUCCUGCAUUUAAAUCCAGAGGAAAGCCUCUACAGUUAUCCCUGAUCUGCUUGUAACCUGCCUCUCCAGUGCUGGAGAGAUAAACUCUCCAGGGACAUCCAGAAGGUCCCUUCUCCCUGCUCCCCUAUCAACUUCUCCAUACAUUUUGCAGCCUGUUUUGCAAAGUUUUUGCCACUUUGCUUUCCCCAUCCCCCCCAGUUUUAUCCCAGCUCAGCUCCCUCUUUGGCUUUUUUUGGGUGGAAUUUGCUCAUAUUUGUGAAGGAAGAGGUUGCAGGGCCCCCAGCCCUCGGCACACACCUCAUCUGUGCUGUGUUACAGGGGGGUUGAUGAUGGCAGAACUUCAUCCUGAGGCCACCAGGCACAGUCACCCCUUUGACUAAAUCCACCCAGAACUCGGCUUUUAGCACACAGGGGGGAAACCACAAAAACUGUGCCAUGAGCCUUAUCCUCUCCAGCCCCACCAGCAGCCCUGUUUCCUAUCCCCCAGCCCUUUGCCACCUGCUGCAGCCUCCUCUGAGCACUCAUGUCAGAAUUCUCUGUGUUUGCAACCAAAACAGUCAUGAAAUCCUCAGGCUCUGGCCACCUUCUCCCCCCUGGUGAAGGAAAGGUGAGAGCAGGGUGACAAUCCAGCCCUACCUGACAGGGGAGCUGAGCUGGUAGGAGGGGAGCUCGCUGAAGGGAUGGAGAAGGUGGGAAAUGUCUGUAAAUGUAAACUGGAGUAGGAGUUUCCAUGGACAAGAGUGAGGUCCUGGUGGGAUGUAAAUACACCAGGAUGGGAAGGAGCCUCUGAGCAGAGCAUCGGGGCUGGUGGCACCUCCCUGGCACUGCUGUCCCUGGGCAGAACUGGGCUCUGUGGGGUGGCACAGAAGGGCUGCUGGCUGCAUCAAGGCUGGAUUGAAGCUUUAAGCUGAACCAGCAACAAUCUUGGCUUGGUUUUGUAGCAGCUCCUGGUGGGAUGCAGUGGCUGAGGGUGAGGAAAGGUCUGGCCCAAGUCAGUGGAUCUCAGCACCACACUGGGUGCUGCCUGCAGGCUCCAGGGGGAUCUGAGCACCAGCAGAGGAAAGAAAGCCACCAAAGGAUUUCCAAGUUUGCUGUGUUAAGGAUGGCUUUGCUUUUUCUGGCUGUUUUUUCACCCUGUUCCAGUUUAUUCCUCUCUUUGCUGGUUUUGCCACUCUGUUCCUCAGCAUUCCCACCCCCAGAGCAUCCCUGAGGACCACAGCUCCUUCCUCCCAUCCUCUGCCUCUCCUUUAACCCAAACAGGUCUUGCUGCAACGAGAUCUCAUCUCUGGGCUCUGCUGGAAGGGUUAGAGAGGGCAGGGAACCUCUGACCCAGCUGCAGCAGGAGGUACCUCACCUUCCCCACACAGAUUUCUCCAUGUAGACAAGAGGAGCAGAUCCUGCCUUUUAAAUAGAAUGGAAUCUCCCUUUCCCUUUGCUCUGAGCCCAGGGAGAGGCUGCAGAAAGGCACCCAUCGGGCUGGCCCCACCCUUGGCCUGUCACUUGGUUACUCUCACACAACCACAGCCCGGCUUGCACUGUCAAGCUGAAAUAAUUCAGAUUUAAGCUCGUUUUCCUUUCAGUAUACAGCCUUUAGUUUUGGCAAAAACCAGUUAGGUUUGGGCUGAAAAACUCCCCUGCUUGGGCACAAGCCAAGGGGGUGUGUGUGUGGGAAAGCAGCCUUUUCAAAGUGGGAAUAUUUGUAAAGCAUUUGCUGACACCAGUAGGUAGCAAAAUUCCAACCUAUCCAGGAUUCUACCCACCCAGGAUAAGAAACACCAGAAAGGGAACGUGUGCAGGAUUCACCAAGGCAACUCUGACAGCCCUUGGGAGCCCUUGUUAGAAGGUGCCAGGACUUGAUCCUUGGCAUGGAUCCAUGGCAGGGUCCAUCCCCUCCACUGGGAGAGCCACAGCUCACACACAGCAUGAACACACCAGGAAUUGCAGCUGGGUGCUUCUCUUUGCUGACAAAUGUUUCUUUUUCUGCAGGAUGGUAUGGUAUAUCUUAUAUACUUUCUUUGUAUUUCUUGGCAUGAGAAAAAAAAAAAUAAUUAAAAUGUAACAUGCAUGGUCAAAGCUGAA